GUCCUUUACGUCAGCUGCCGUAAAGUGUCGAACUCUAACGCUACUUUGUAGAAUGACUGCCUGAAGCAGUUCCAUCCCAGUUAAGCACAACAUUUCUUUUCGCACGCCUCCAAAAGGGUCAUCACGUCUAAGUCGAAUAUUUUAUUCACAAUCAGUAUCCUCCUGCCCUGCGGGAAAGUGACGAGAGCCCGUGGAAGAAGCCUUGCUUUUAGCCAGUCAUCGCCAUGGCCUCCGUCAGCGGCGAUAGCAACCUGGACAGGGAGAUGAUUCUGGCUGACUUUCAGGCAUGCACUGGAAUCGACAACAUUGCAGAGGCAAUCACCCUGUUAGAGCUUAAUAACUGGGACUUAGUGGCUGCCAUCAAUGGGGUGAUACCACAAGAGAAUGGCAUCUUGCAAGGCAACUUUUCCAGUGAUGCCAGCCAGGCCAGCAUGUACGGACCUCACACCCAACCCGAAGCAGCCGACGUCGUCGGCGAAAGCGCCGUUCCUUCGCAGUCCUCUUUGUCUUCGUCCCCUUUGCCGUUGUCUUCCUUGGCUUCCACGUUUUGCCCCAGCGCACCUGCCUCCCGGCACAUCAUCGAGCGUCUGCCUCGGAUGCUCAACUUUCGGGUGGAGUACCGGCAACGCACCGUGGAGCUGGUACUGGAGGAAGGCAGCACAGUCGGUGAAAUCAAACGAAUUCUUGAGGCAGAGCUCGGAAUUCCUGUAUCCAAAAUGCAGCUGAAAGGAUGGAAGAGUGGCGACGUGUCUGAUAGUACGGUGCUGCGAAGUUUACACCUGCCAAGGAACGUCAGCCUCUACGUCCUGACCCCCGACAUUACCCCUACCGCCAGCACCAGCAAAAACAGUUCUCUCCCAGACUCGCUUAACCAGAACUUCCUGCUGGUCAUCAGUCACCGUGAGGCCCAGAGGGACUACAGCCUCAACUUUCCGGGCUCUCGAACCAUACAAGAGGUGAAGAGGAACGUGUCAGACCUAACCAACAUCCCAGUACGGCAUCAACAGUGGGAAGGAUGGCCAGCAUCAGCAUCUGACGACUCUAUAACGCUAGCUGCCUCUGGGAUCAACUAUCCCUGCCAUCAUCUCACUGUUUGCCGAAGGUCCUCACCAGCCAACGCCCAGGAACCAACAGAAGAGUGCGCAGAUGUCCACAUGAUCAGCGACAGCGAGGGGGAUGAUUUUGAGUACGCGACAGAGUUUGGUGUGGAUGAUUCGGAGAUGUUUGGAGCGGGCACCUCCACCUGUCGGAAAACGCCUAUGAUGCCCGAGAAUAGUGAGAAUGAAGCUGAUGCCUUACUGCACUUUACUGCUGAAUUUUCUUCAAGGUAUGGAGAAAACCACCCAGUGUUCUUCAUUGGGUCUUUGGAGGCAGCGUCUCAAGAGUCCUUCUAUGGAAAAGCCAGAGAAAGAAAGAUGCUGGCCAUCUACCUCCACAACGACGACAGUGUCCUCAGCAAUGUCUUCUGUUCCCAAAUGAUGUGUGCCGACUCCAUCGUCUCCUACCUGAGCCAGAACUUCAUCACAUGGGCCUGGGACGUCACUAAAGAAGCCAACAAAGCCAGGCUACUCACCAUGUGCACGAGACAUUUUGGUAGUGUGGUGACACAGACUAUACGCACAUACAAGACAGACCAGUUCCCUUUACUCCUUAUAGUUAUGGGAAAACGCACCUCCAAUGAAGUUUUAAAUGUUAUUCACGGUAAUACGACAGUGGAUGAGCUAAUGACGAGGUUAAUGGAAGCAAUGGAAAUCUUCACAGCACAGCAACAAGAGGACAUAAAAGACGAGGACGAGCGCGAAGCAAGAGAGAUGGUGAAGAGGGAACAGGACGAGGCCUACCGUCUGUCUCUGGAGGCUGACCGAAAGAAGAGGGAAGCUCAAGAGCGAGAAGAAGCUGAGCAAGUUCGCUUGGAACAGAUGAGAAAGGAGCAGGAGGAAGAGAAGGAGGCCAUACGUUUGUCACUUGAGCAGACUUUACCGCCGGAGCCUGGCGAGGAGUCGUCGGAGCAGGUCAGCAAGCUGCGAAUCCGCACGCCCAGUGGCGAGUUUUUGGAAAGGCGCUUCCUGGGCAGCUGUAAGCUCCAGGUCCUCUUCGACUUUGUGGCCUCCAAGGGAUACCCCUUCGACGAGUUCAAGCUCCUCACCACCUUCCCGCGGAGAAAUAUCACCCAAUUGGAUCCGAGAUCAACUCUACUGGAGGCCAAGUUGUUUCCACAGGAGACUCUCUUCCUGGAGGCCAAAGAGUAGAAAGUGACUGACUGAACUGGCCAAGAGCAUGGACCCAAAACCAUCUGGGUCUCCACAGUACUCACUCACACACAUACACACGCACACACACUGGCAUGCACAUGCAGUGACACUCAAGUGCAAGUAAACUUCUCUGCCCUCAGCCUGGUCGUAGUACAUCAAUGCCUGGUGUACAAGUGUUGCACAGAGGAGCAAAGACAAUAUAACAAGCACACAACGUCUCCAAAAACAACCCCCCC